AUGGGUUCCUCACGAGAGGCCUUACAGGAAGGGGAACACCCCCUCCGGGGCCUUGCUCUGCUGUCCCUGAAGGACGCCCGACAGCAGAGGCCCUGCGACCUUUCAGACCAGAUGCGAGUCUCACCAGACCCCACACGGCCCUGCCACUCUGCCUGUUCCCCGCCAAGCCCAAGUCCAGAGAGGGCCGCAGACCCAGAGCCCCAGGACAGAGGCCUGCAGGACAGCUCCGGGCCAGCUGCCGCCACCCAGGAGGAGACCCUCUAUGCCGCCGUGCAAGACGCACAGCCCGAGGAGGGGGUGGAGCUGGACCAGCGGCAGGACGCGGAGGAUGGAGACCCCCAAGGAACGACGUAUGCCCAGGCUGCCGCAUCUGACGCCCCCCCAGAUGUGACCUACGCCCAGCUGAACCGCUUGACGCUCAGACGGGAGACGAGUGCACCCCAUUCCUCCCGAGCCGGGGAGCCUCCAGCAGAGCCCAGCGUGUAUGCUGCUCUGGCCAUCCGCUAGCCCAGGAAGGACCCACAGCCCACACUCCAGGGAGGGGACCGCGGGGACCCCAGGAGGCGCAGGAGCUGCCCACGGAGGCCGCCUAAUGGCCCCAGCCAGCCUGGACUCCUAACAUAGACCAGUAAGAACUCCUGGGACCCUCUGGGAGUGACCGGAUUCUGCCAUCAAAGAUAGCUAGAGCCCCUACAUUUUGGAAAUAAAGCAACAGACUUCUCGAU